AUGUUGUUGCUGAGAUUGCUGAAAAUAGUUGCGGCCGUUGGUCAGGCUGCUGAAAGCACCGACUCUGUUCUUGAGUCUGUUGAGAUAGCUGGUCCGACUGAUGAGGCUGCUGGUGAUGCUGAGACUGUUGCUGCUGGUGAAACAGUGACUGUUGCCGAGGCUGUUGUUGAUGCUGCAAUUGCUGCUGAAACUGUUGUUGAUAUUGCAGUUGUUGCGACUGUUGGUGAGGAUGCUGGUGAAACUGCGAUAGUUGCUGAGGUUGCAAUUAUAACUGGGAAUGAUGUGCUUGGUGUUGAGAGACCGAGGACAGUUCACCACGUGACCUGUAUAAGCAGCGGGCAUGGCAAAUGUCGUAGCUUGUGUGUCAUUUCUUCCUUUAGUUGAUCGUCUAGGCUUCCAAGGCUCUAAAACGUCUGAAGGCUUUCUACGACACACUUUACUGAUUUCAUUGGCUUUAAGUCCCUGUUCUGAAGGCUUUCGUUGGUCCUUAUAUACAGCGGAUAUGUUCACACCUUUCUUACCUCUCUUCCUCUGGAGCUUCUUUCUUAGGCCUUCUACGUACUUCUUUAAAUUAAGCAGUCAAGGUUGUUUGCGAAAGCAAUAGUGUCCUGAUAAAUCCCAAAAGACUUGCAGGCUGCGCAGUUGCACUCAAACUGGUUCUUAUUUUUCAGAGGUUUGACCAGCAUGGCGCUUUGCCAUGCCUACUCUUGAUCGUCACUCGUAGAUCACUUGAAGCAACCUGCAUUAUUGCCCCGGGUUCGGUUAGUAAAGCUUCUGCAUUUCGGUACAAACACCACAUGGUGUUUCUUGGUAAGCAGUCUUCAAAAAUAACAAACUCGGCAAAUGACACAGACAGAUGCUUUGCUGAAAUAGGAUUGGCAGUUGUUACAGGGGCAGGGGCUACAGUGGUAGGCGCCGCCGUGGCAGAGACGUCAGUCGCAGAAGCUGCAGUACGUGGCACCUGUUGA